AGAUUUAGUCAUAUAAACGAAUAAUUUCUUUCUUAAAUCAUAAAAUUAGUCUAUUCUGUAACUAUUGAAAGUGAUAAAUGAGGACACAAGGAUUCACAAUGAGCAUAAGAAGUAUUUUCUAAGAUGGGGCCAAACACCAUGCCAUGCUCUUGAGAAAACCGGAGUCGCUGACUACACUGUUACACAUCAAAUUACUUAAAAGUUAGGAUAACAUCUAUCAUAAUUUUUGGAACGUGAUAAUUCCAUAAUAUUUUAGAAUUCAGAAUAGAAUGUCGCAGGCUGUCAUAAAGCCACAUACAGGAUACUGGACUCACAAAAAUUAAAGCAUUGUGCCACUAGGGAAAGUGAGCCGUUGUAUGUUGUUGAGUCUGUACCUCGGGGGUUUGACCAGAUAUCCCAACAAUUACACUUCCAAGAUUACCUGAUUUUGGAUGAUAUCUUUAAAUCUUGACAAUGCCUCCAAUUGACCCACACCAGCUGCUGAAGGCACUGAGUUCCUUGCUGACACAAAGUGGGGCAAUAAAAGGGCCUACUGAAUCAACUCGCAUAUGCAGUUUAAUGCGAGAUGUGACCAAACUAGCCAGUAAAUGUGUGUACAUCAAUAUUCUGCGGGCGACAGAGACCCAAGAUGUCCUGGAGAAGUUCAUAGAUGUUGGAGGAUGGGACAUCCUUAAUGUGUGGCUGGAGGACAGCAAAAACACUGAGAACACUCCAAUCCUAGUAGAGCUCCUCAAGGUGUACCAACAGCUUCCCAUUACUGUUGAACUCCUUAAGAAGAAUGGUGCUGCCAAGACCAUCAAACAAUUCCGCAAAUCAGAGGAUGAAAUGUUGAAGUCUCUGUCGUCAGAAAUUGUUGAGAAAUGGAUGAACAAAAUUCGAGAGAACAGUAAUAAUAAAGAAGCUGGAGAAGCCAAUGAAAAAGAUAAAAAGAAAAAGAAGAAGAGUGAAAAAAGUGAUAAAAGUGAAAAAAGUGAAAAAAGUGACAAAAGUGAUAGAAAAGAAAAAGAUAGUGAAAAAGACAAACAGAAAGAGAAAGACAAGCAUAAACAUGUGUCAUCAUCUCACCAUCAUCAUCACCACCACCAUCACCGCGUUAAAGAGGAGAAAGCAGAGUCAAGUCCGCAAGAAAAGUCAGAUUCAGUCAGUGUGGACAACCUUAGUACAAACACUGCCACAGGGACAGUCACACCGGGAAAUGGACUUAAAAUACACAUCAAACUGAAGCGCAAUGACCAGACUGUUAAACCACCGGAGCAGAAGAGACCUUCUACUGUGAAACGACCUCCUGUCAAACCGCGUUCUAGUGGUGUGAUAGAGGACAGUGGACCAGUAGCACCUCCAAAGAAAAAAGUAUCCACAUUGUCCGACAACAAACCUGUAAUCAAAAGACCAGGAUCUGAUCAAAAGAUUAAAGAGGAACCACCAUGGAAGAAAUCUCGCCUACAUCUGACAACAUCCUCACUCCCUUCCAACUCACCGACAGAAAAAUCUCCAACAUUGGUGUCGCCAGGAGACAUACAUAAUCAAAUCAAAUUCCCUUUCCAGAAAUCAAUCAAAUCCGAAAUGCAUGAAGACAAUAGUUUUAUAAAUGAUAUCAUACGACCAGUAGGAAGGAUAAAAAGGAAGCCUCGCCCAGGGGUCAAUGGAACCACACCCACUAAAACUACAACUUCAAGCACACCCACCACACCCCCAUCACCUGUAUCACCUACCACUGCCCUCAAGUCUAGUCUACCGUCUGUACCCUCGUUUUACAAGGAAACUCUAGAAACCAGUGAAACCAAUGGAACUAGUCCAACUGAGACAAGAAGCCCUUCCCCAACAGAAAAAAUGGACACCACAGAAGCCAAAGAAAUCAAUGACAAUAAUAUGGAGACUGAUAACAGAGAAGCCAAUGUUGAAAAAGAGGCAGACAACAACACUGAGAAGCCAGCUGUGGACAAUUUUGGGGAGAGCUUACAAUCAUCUGAGACCACCACAAGGAAAAAGAAGAAGAAGAGGCUGACUGUAUCCUGGGCAGAAGAAAGCAAACUUCACCAAUAUCAUUAUUUUGAAAUGGAUGAAACAGAGAGAGAAAAUGUCAACAAACCAAAAGAGAAUUUUGAUGAACUGAAGAAACAUGAGAUGAUGAUGGACAGAAGGGUGGCAGAGACUGCUAAAAGAUUCACGAACGACAACAUGCAAGAAGCUAUUCCAUGGAGAAUUCCUUUCUUAAUAUCUGGCCUGCCCCCACCUCCAUCUGAGAGAGGUUCGCAGAGUCUGGAAAAAGAUAUACAGAAGGAGCGAGAAGGUGUUGUCUUACAGGCACUUUUCUUCAACAAGGAGAUGCUCCCUGAUGGACCAAGUGAACCAGAUGUGGAAUCUGUGGAGCCUUCAGAUCCGAAGUUCAUCCCACUGGAAGAUGAGACAUCAGGUAGUGAAGAGUUUACAUACAGUUAUGAUAAUCCUGGCCAAAAGACCACCCAAGAAGUUCAGGCACCUUUCCAGCUGCCUCCAGACGUGGCUAACAUGCUGGCUAACUUCCACCAACAAGCUGCCAAUGCACAGACACCAAUGGAUCCUAAUAAUCCAGUGUUAGCCAAUGUCCAGAAUCUUCUGACUUCCAUAUCGGGUGAAACCAAAGAUCCCAGUAAGGCAGAGGCAGCAUUGGAGCAGUUAAAGAGUGUCCUCAACAACCCAAGUGUGAUGCCUGAAAACCUUGGUAUGGGAAUGUCAAUGAGUGGAAUGCCACCACGUUUAGGUCUAUUGGGAAAUGCCCCACCAGGCUUUCCUAUAGGUAUGGGAGGACCCCCAGGAGCUCCAAGAUUUCCUCCUCCAGGACCAGGCAUGAAUGGUCCACACUUAGGCCCCGGGGAUCAUGAUGAUUGGGGCGAGAAUAUGGUUGGAGGUCCCCGUCCUGGUAUGAGGGGACGUGGCCGGCCAGGCAUUCCAAUGAGAGGUGGAAGGAUGCCAGGACCACCUGGACCAGACUUUGGACCAAUGGGGCCAGAAUUUUGUGGAACAGAUGUACCACCUCCUGGAUUCAUGGGACCAAGAGGGGGCCCUCGUGGAAGGGGCAUGCGAGGGGGCCGUAUGAGAGGAGGUCGACCAGAUCUGCCAGUGUGUCGGCACUAUGCUGCAGGAGGAUGUCGUAGGGGAGCUACAUGUAUGUUCUUACAUCCUGGUCCUCCAGUAUAGCAUCAAUAGAACUUAGUGUGUACAUAAGACUUAUCUUCCAAUUUAUUGAGCGAAUGCCUGGCAGGAAUGCAUGGAGAUAGUGUGAACAUAAAACUUCUCUUCCAAUUAUUGAACGAGUGUUUGGCAGUGAUAUCUAAAGAAUACAUGACAGAGAUGCUUGGAGAUAAUGUGUACAUAAGACUUCUUAUUGAACGAAUGCCUGGAAAGGAUACUGAGAAAACAAGACAGUGUGUACCAAAGACUUCUCUUCCAAUGAAUGCAUGGAUUAAUAUGUGGAUCUGCCUGUCAGGAAUACAUGUGAUAUCAGUGACAGAUUGAAUACCUGAUGGAAGUUAAAUGUGACAUGUGCAGGAAAAGUGUGUAGGUGUGUGUUGUAUCAUGCAGACAAUUACAGUUUGAUCUCCACAUGGACUUCACAUUGCUGCAGUCAUUGAAUGUCUGCAUGCUAGUGGUUAUAUGAUACAAGUUCUGUGAUUUAACAGUGCUAAACUACAAGUACAAAUACUGACACUAAUGGAAUCAGCGGUGCAGAAUCAUUCCUUUGAAUGGUCAAAGAGUGUUUUCCAAUGAAAAAUUACCCAUCGAGGACUUCAUCUGAAGUAAUAGAUUAGAUGCAUUGUAUAUUAUAGGUGGGCAAGUGAGUGGUGAGAGUUAUCAAGUGAAUCCCUAGAUUUUAUUCAUGUACUUGCCAAAUAAUUAUUGUACAUAUAUGAUAUCUCAGGAAUGUAUAAAGUAUUGCUUUAUUGAUAAAAGCCAUGAUUAUAAUCAUUAUGCUAAUCUUUAAGAACAAAAUAGUGUGAUAUAUAUAGAUACAAGCUGAUGUAGAUAUACAUACAUAUACAGUAUACCUUGAGAUAGCAAACUUCCAGUUAAAUUAUCAGAGAGUUUUUGUCUCCCUAGACAGUAUGGCUCAAACCUCAUAGUAAACAAAAAUUAUUUGUCUAUUUUAUAUGCAGUAUUACAAGUUAAACUUAUACUGGACAGCAAGCACAGUCCGAGGAAAGUAUGUUGUCUGCUUGAUUUGCAACAUUAUUAUUUUUGUUUUGGAUAAAGUGAAAUCUUCUGUGUGCUCAGCGUUAGACUUCAUCCUUUUGGCAAAAGGUGACUUUAUUAUAAAAUGACAUUUCAGAUCAAUUGAAGAGUCAAAAAAUAAAAAAAGAACUUGUAGUUUUCCUGUAGGUUUGACACAAUUACAUAGAAAAAGAAUAUUACUAACAUAUGUGUUAUUGAUUAAUUAAUCUUGGUAUGGUGCCAAUCUCCUUAACCACAUGGGUUUUAGAUUUCUUAAUAUCACUUUGAACAGCAAACCUGAAAUUUAAGGAAAGGGUAUCUGCAAUUUUAAGAUAGUUUGUGUCUGAAAUAAACAGUAUUGAACUCUUUGUCAUGUAGUCUUGACAUCAGACUUCAAGUUAUUGAACAAUCUAAAUUGAUACAUUCUGCAAUUUGAAGGUAGUUUGUAUCUAAAAUAAACAGUAUUGAACUCAUGUCUUGUAGUCUUGACAUUGGACUUCAAGUUUUUUAACCAUCUAAUUUGAUACAUUCGUUGAUAUUUCAAAAUAGUUUUAUAUUGUGCAGGUCAAACAACUUUCAAGCAACUGUUGUUAUGUUGACUGCAUUCUUGGUAAUAUUUUGUACUUCAAGUCCCAAUUUUUUCCUUUUUGAGCAGGAUUUUUAAGUAUAUGUAUUGAGCACUUCACAACACUUAGUGAAACUUGUUACUAUGCCAUCAGACAAGUAAUACAUCCAGCUGUUACGGAAAGCUGUGAUCAAUAGAUCAAAUUCAUUCUAGUUUCAUGUUUGAUUCACUGCUGGAACGUUGGUGAUUUGUUCAGUAAUUUGAUGAACUAGACAUUGCAAGGUAUGUGAAUUAAGGACGUUGAAAAUUUUACAUUGAUGACCAAAAAUAAUCUACAAUAGUAUCUGGUAUUCUUGUAUCAAGUUGAUAUCAUUUCAAAACACAUCUAUUUCUUGUUCAUCUGGUGUUAUGUGAUAAAAUAAUUUUGUGUUAUGUGAAAUGAAAGAUCAGGUUGUACAAAUUUGUAAAUGGAGAUGUCAAAAUGAAGAGAAUGUAUACCCAUGUGUGUGCUGUGAUGAUAUAAAAGUGUGUGGGUGUGCAUGCCAAUGAGGGAGGGUGUGUGUGUUUGAUUAAACUUGUAGUAUAAUUGACUUUAUAAUUGAUAAUGAGAAAGAAGAAUGAUUGACAAUAGAGUAUAUAAGCUAGAAAUUGUAAAUUAACAUCCCUGAGUAGGGAUAAAGAAAAUGUGUUCCAUAUAAUGGACAAAUGUAUGUAAAGUUGUACACAGGGAGGGAUCUUCUCUUGUGCUACACAACCUUGUCAGCUUACAGUGUCAAACAUGUUCAACUUUAUACACAAGUUUCAUCAUUUGAUGGAAUAA